UGAAGCGUUGUCGGUCUUCGAGCAGAAGCGGCGCGACGUGGCUAGUGCGCUGGGAAACUUAUGCGGGAUCGACAUGAAAGACAUUUUUCUGCGCCCGCUGUUGACUCACAUGGGCAUUCUUGACGACUACGAAUGCAUGGGCAAUGACGGGCAGAGAAAGAUCGACGUCGUUGGCACAGACACAGAGCUCGGACAACAUUACUGCCGCGGCAUCGUAGAGUACUGCGGCAUGAACAACAUUGAUUUUUUCCUGGAGCACGUGAGUAACACGGUGGCUGACCUGCAGGACGCGCACGUAGACAGAGCAUUCGGUGCUGGAGUAGGUGACUUUGUAGAGGUAGUGAAGGAGGCCCGCGCGCACGCGCCCAUCGUCGACGCCGGGGAGUCUGUUUUGGUGCGAGAGCCAUUCGAGGACUUCUUCUCGCUUGUGUACCCUUGUUAUUUGGAGGCUUUAUGCUCAGAUGGGUAUUAUCUGAGUGAUUUAGAGCUCAUGUUAUUGUGCGAGUGCGCAAAUCUGAACGCGGGAAUAGCGCGGGAGGAGACGGUGUCAACGUCGCAGACGCUGAUGUGGGCGACGGAGCAAUGGGCGCGGAAGAAGAUAAGCCGGCGGGGCUUGCCCGUGGGACCG